GGUCAAAGAAGGGACAGAGCGUCUUGGAUGCAAACAGGAAAGUAAGUCAUGGUGACUUGUCUGUUAAUUGUAACGAUGUGUCUGAUGUUAAGCAUGACAUGGUUGAUGUUACUGUUUCGCCGUUCAGGGAUAAUAGGAACAUCAAACUCCCUAAAUUAGAACCACGGUGUUUUGAUGGAAACCCAGCUGAUUAUUUGCAAUUUGUAAAGGAGUUUGAGAUCAUGUUGAGUAGUUUUCUAUUAAGUGAUGAAUUGAAGUUAAUGUAUUUGGUGAGAUAUUGCACUGGAGAUGCUGCAAGAGCUAUACAGUGCUGUAAGUUUAUGAAGCCAAAAGAGGGCUACUACGAGGCUAUGAGCAUAUUACGUCAAAGGUUUGGAAGACCUUCGAUGAUUGCAGGGAAAUUAUUCGAGGCUGUUAAGGGUAAUGGUGGUCAAUUACAGGAUGACUCCCAGGCACUCACUGAGUUUUUAGAUAAUUUGCUGAUUUACAAGAAUGCAAUGAUUUCGAUGAAUCGCAUGAGUGACCUCAACUCGAGUUUUAUACUAGAAGUAAUAGCAAGACGCCUACCUACUCGACUGCAAAGGAAGUGGGUGAAGAUAAGCUCCCGUAUGGAGGAUGAGGGUAUCGAGCCAAAGUUUGAUGAUAUCCUGAAACUGGUAAAUACUAGUGUCAAUCAAUCUAUGAGCAAGUUUGCCAGUCUAUUACAUCUCACCCCUAGAAUAGAGCAGUCUGAGAUCAAAAUGCAAUCAUUGAUGACGAGUAGGCCUCAGAGAGGUGGAUAUCGAGAAGGCUCCAUGAUGUCUAGUAAUGCAUAUAGACCUAAUGAGUGUAACAGGUUUCGUAGUACAUCCUCAACAGAUAAGUUACAAGAUGCAAGACAAACACGGUUGUGUUUUACACGUUUGCAAGAGGUGCAUACAAAGGUGGGCUGUGAACCAGUGAGCAAGUUCAGUGAUAAGCUAAACGUAAACUCCAGGCCUGACUCCGAAUUGUGUGACGAUAACGGUGUGGUAAGGAAGCCUGUAGUUGCAACUGGUAAGCCAUUGUUGAAUAGAGUGUCACAGAAUAGAGUUACUGCUUCAGAGUGCAGUUCUGACUCCACAAGUUUACAAAGUAUAACUAGUCAGAGUGAAGAUAUAAAACCUUUAAUGAUUUGUGAGGAGGAACCAAAAUUGUCUACUGCUGUUAACAAAUAGUUUGAAAAUGAUGAACUUGACGGUAAAUUGAAUAUUUGUGAUAAUGAUCAUGAUACUUCACAGUUGUAUUUGGUUGAUCAUGAUGAAAUGAGGGAUAUGCCUACUACUGCUAAGUUAAUUAAAGGUUCUGUACAACUACAACGUGAAGUAGAAUUGAACGCAGAUGCAGUUCCAGAAGGUGUGCAUACUUGUGAGACAGUCAGUGUAAUUGAUCAGCGUGUAGCCCACCUAUCAUCAGAUGCUAUUGCUAAACCAGAGCUGAUAGUAAAAGACAACAGUGGUAAUCUUGCAGUCGGACAACUAUCUGAAAGCCGAGCAACAACAGCUUCUGAUCCACCGCUAAGUUCAUCACCUUGUGUCAUUCAGUCGUCGUUGGUGUUUACAUCCACAAUGAAAAAGACGCCCAUGAACUCAAGUAUCUUGUGCAAUGACUAUGCUAGUAUCAGUUCGUUUGAAAGGACGAAUAUCAAUGGUCAGUUUAGUGAGAAUAAGCCAAGUGUAAACGAGAGAGUAAUUGUUAAAUUGACUUGCAUGAAUAAAGGCGUUUCUAGUUUCAAGUUACUAUUUGAAUGCUAUUAUCUUUGGUGUAAAUUACUCUGUUUCUACACUUGGCUGAUGAGAUAUGUCGUGUGUUUGUUCGUCAUCUAUAUUCUACGAUACAAUGACAUGGGUGUGUUGCCGUUCAGAUUUGAGGAUAUAGCUGAUAGAAGGAAGUCAGCAAAUGAACUCUGCGACGAUUUUCCAACCUAGGGCGUCAACCUGAGAAUGGUUGUAGGCGUACUGCUGUAAGUCCU